UCCUUCGGGCAUCUCCACAACUCUGUUCAUAGAGGGACGUUCAUCCGGCUUCAUCUGUAUGCACCACAACGCGACUAUCAUCAUCUUUUUUUAUCAAGAAUGUUCACAUAACUAAAUCAAACCCUAUGUUUUGCCAUUUUAUCACUGGAUUCAAGUAUCAAGCAAGUCAGCCUGAGAUCCCUGCUUAGGUCCGAAGAGAACAUUUGCCCAUAAAACGGUCACUCUAUACAGGGACACCCUUUGUCGCAAACUGCUUGCAGCUUGAUAAUCCUGAUAAGUGAUUACCAAUGCUUAAGGAAGAUGUGUCAAAAAUUCUGUACGAGUCAAACUACGUACUUAGACAAGCAAUCGGAUUAGAAUAACUAUAUAUGAGUAAAUUGACUCCAAUUUAUAGAAAACGACACUUGCCGGGAAAAGAGUCAUUCAUUUGUAGACAAGAAGAUCAUAUCCAAAAUAUCUUGCUUCAGAUGAAUUAAAUAUCUCACACUCCCCUCCUCAAUGUCAAGGUCCAAUCUUUCUUUCACUCUAAUAUCAACCCUUGUUUCUGUUCUUGUUCUUCAAUUAUGCAUUAAAGCAUGCAAUGCCCAGAUGACCCAUGUCUGUCCGCCUUCUUCUUGCGGCAAUAUUCGCAACAUCAGCUACCCUCUUCGAUUAAAAGGCGACCCACAACACUGUGGCUUCCCGUUAUAUGAACUUUCGUGCGAAAACAAUCAAACAGUUUUAAACUUAUACUCUACCAAAUACUAUGUUCAAGCCAUUGAUUACUCUGAUUCCUCACUAAGAAUCGUUGAUGCUGCUAUAUCUAUUGAUGAUUGCUCUUCACUUCCUCAGUUUUCAAUGACUGGCUUCAAUUUCAGCUAUGAGGAUCCAUUUGAUUAUAAAGCAAACAGGCGGAGUUAUGAUUUUAACACGUUACAAAAGCGUAAUAAGGUUAUAACUUUCCUAAAAUGUGCAAAUCCUGUUAAUUCUCCGGUUUAUUUGGAUACUGGUGUUUGUAUCCCUGAGAAUUAUUCUUAUGUUAUUGAUAAUUUUACUAGUGUAGCUGAUGUGGUGAAUUCUUGUAGAAUCGAUUUGAUGGUUUUGUCAGCAGCAGUAGCUAGAGUUGGUAAUAAUGUUUCUGUUGUUGAUGUUCAUAACGAUUUGGCAUUUGGGUUUCAUAUUUGGUGGAAACAAAUCAAUUAUUCAGUUUGUAAAGGAAGGGAAUACGGCUGGUAUUCCUGGACUCACUGCUCAGGAGGGUUUAAUAUUCUGAUCUUCUUAAUAGCAAGUAGCUGGGCCAUCUCGAUGAUUAUUGGAGCGCUCGUUGUGACAAAACACAUCCUCUGCACUCCUUGUGUGUUGGCAUUCUUGGCCUACACAUGGUCGAGGAGGCAUGUGUCGAUGUACGACAAUAUAGAAGAAUUCCUUCAAAGUCAAAAUAACCUUGGUCCAGUAAGGUAUCCUUAUUCAGCUAUUCGGAAAAUGACCAACGGUUUUAAGGAUAAGUUGGGCGAAGGAGGGUAUGGUUCUGUAUAUAAAGGAAAGCUUCGCAGUGGCCGUUUCGCAGCAGUAAAGAUAUUAGGCAAGUCAAAAGCAAAUGGCCAAGAUUUUAUCAACGAAGUGGCAUCCAUCGGACAGGUUCACCACAUCAAUGUAGUACAACUAAUUGGUUUUUGUGCCGAGGGAUCAAAGCGCGCUCUUGUAUAUGAUUUCAUGCCUCAUGGAUCUCUCGAUAAAUAUGUUUUAUCUCAAGAAAAGAAUAUCCAUUUGAGUUGGAAAAAGAUGCACGAGGUAGCACUUGGAGUUGCUCGUGGCAUUGAUUAUCUACAUCGAGGUUGUAAGAUACAAAUUUUGCAUUUCGACAUUAAACCUCAUAACAUCCUUCUCGACGAGAAUUUCGUUCCAAAAGUUUCCGAUUUUGGACUUGCCAAACUGCAGGCAACAAGUGACAGCAAUGUGACUCUUACUGCUGCAAGAGGAACAAUCGGAUACAUAGCACCGGAAUUGUUCUACAAAAACAUUGGGGGCGUUUCAUACAAAGCCGACGUCUAUAGUUUCGGAAUGUUGUUAAUGGAAAUGGUGGGAAAGAAAAACAACUCAAAUGCAGAAGCAGAACAUUCAAGCCAAGCAUACUUCCCGAAUUGGGUCUACAACGAACUCGUGGAUGGAAAAGUUGAACUCGGAAACGCGACAGAGGACGAAGAAAUGUUAGCGAAGAAGAUGAUAACAGUAGCAUUGUGGUGUAUACAAAUGAAUCCUGGUGAUCGUCCUUCGAUGAACAAAGUUGUAAAAAUGCUGGAAGAAGAUUUAGAAAGUUUACCAUUACCUUCCAAACCUUCUCUUUGGCCAGAACAAUUUGUAUGUGAAAAUGAAGAAGAUGGCUAUAUAGGUGAUACAUGGGCAUCGUCUGUUCCUCUUCCUUCUUCUGAAUCAACCAGUUUACUUGCAAAUUCAUAUUGACUGACAUCAAAUCCAAAAUGACCCAGUACUUUCCAUUUUUUCUUUAUUUUGUCCCUAGGCGGUUUUGUUUCUUUACUUGGUUGCUAUACUUUCAAAUACAAUUUUAUAAAGUCCUUCUCCUUAAGGAAAUCUUGUUAACAUUGCCUA